CUGGAUUGGUGACGUCAUGCCUGCUGUUCAGCUGUUGUAGUAACAAUUGUAACAUAACAAAUCUGGAAAGGUUACAGAAGACACAGAGUUCAAUUUACGUCCUUUCACACCACUGUAUAUUUUUUUAAGUAUUCAUAAAUUUUCAAAAUGAACAGGCUAUUCGGAAAGAAAAAACCUGCAGCACCACCUCCAAACAUGAACGAUAUCAUCACUGGGGUCGACACGAAAGCAGACUCCAUAGAGGGGAAGAUCGCCAAGUUGGAUGCCGAGCUGAGAAAAUAUAAGGACCAGAUGGUGAAAAUGAGAGAAGGCCCUGCCAAAAAUGCUGUCAAACAGAAGGCAAUGAGGGUUCUCAAACAGAGGAAAAUGUAUGAACAACAGGCCGGGAACCUGAGGCAACAAGCGUUCAACAUGGAACAAGCCAAUUUCGCCGUCCAAUCGCUCAAGGAUACACAGGCGACAGUGGUAGCGAUGAAGGACGGUGUCAAGAGUAUGCAGAAAGAAUUUAAAAAAAUCAAUAUUGAUCAAAUAGAAGAUAUCCAAGAUGAAAUGAACGAGUUGCUGGAAAUGAAUGAAGACGUUCAAGAAGCACUCGGCAGAUCGUACGGAAUGCCGGAAAUCGAUGAUGAUGAACUGGCUGCUGAAUUGGACGCCCUAGGUGAUGAGAUUGCUCAGGAUGAGGAUGCAUCAUAUCUAGAUGAUGCAAUCAAUACUCCAGUAACACCUGACAAAGAACCCAGCACCUCUAAACCUGAAAGGAACAAAGAUGGAGUGCCAGUAGAUGAAUUCGGCCUACCACAAAUUCCAGCAUUAGUAAAAACGACUUGAAUACCAGUAUGACUGGAUUUCAACACAAUUUGAAUUGUGCUUCAGUUUAUUAUUAUUAUCAUCAUCAAUUUUGUUACCAAACACCGCUUAAUUGUUAGAUAAUGAUUAUAUUAAUUUAAAUUACCCACAAUCAUAGCGAAAAAGUAAAUAAAAAGUUAAGCAUUGGAAUUUAUAUUUUUACUAUGGUUGGUGUAUCCAUUGUAAAACCAUACUAAUCUGCUUGUCGCAAUUGUAAAUAAAUAAAACAUUUUAUUAGAA